AUGAAUAAUUCUGAGAAGGAUGUUUUGAUUCGUCCAAACAAGCCAAGAAAGCAACGAAUUCACAAAGUUAAUUUGAAAAGUUUAGAAAAAUUUUGUAUUGAAUUUAUUGAAUUGUGGCAAUUAAAAGCUGUUCAAAAUUCUGAUUUUUACGCUCUGGAAUGUUGCCAUUCAUUUAUUAAAAGAAAUGGACUUUCAAACACAUUAUCCUCUCAAACAAUCAAACAGGAGGGCUUAAAUGAUUCUAUUAACAAUAAAACACUCGUAUUUAAUUAA